AUGAACCAGAUCACACCAUCCCUUUUUACAGUCCUUUCUGUGGAAUUAGCAUGCUGUCCUAGAGAUGCAUUUUCAGCUCCUAUCAAGGCAUAUGAAGAAUUUAAGAAGAACUUGAGUCCUUCAACUCCAGAGACCGAUGGUGCCACACAUCAGCCAGCUUCUGGAUCGCUUGUGGAGUAUAUGGUCAGAAGCAUCCCACAUGAGAUUGGACUAGCUCAGCCACAUGCUCUCUUCAAAAGAAGCAUCAACUGGAACAAUGUGAUCGCAAACAGGCCCGCCUUUGCACAGAUUGUUGUCGAAGGUUCUGUAGGCUUUGGUUUUGCCCUUCUGAUCGGAAUCAUUUUGUGGUGUUUCCUCUCGUCGAAAGAAGAUAAACUGAAGGAGCUUGGCUCUCAUAUCAAGCCCUUCGUCAAAAAGAAUUACUUUUUGAGGCAACUCCAGAAGGAGAAAGAGGCGGCCAAGAAAAAGCUAGAGGAAGAAAAGAAACUCGAAGCCAUAACCAAGACAGGUAAGAUUGUUCUCACCGAAAAGGAUCUAGAAAUGGGGGAAAGACAGGGGUCAGAAGAAGAAAAAGGAUCUGAAGAAGGAGGAUAUUCUGUUCCAGAAGGGAAAGCAAAGAAAAAGAAGAGAGGGGAAAAGCAUGCAAUAAAGAAGAAAUUGGGGAAGAUUAAGAAGGUAGCGAAAUCAGAAGCUGUGCAAAAGCACAUCAGUAAAAUUAAGAAGGCUGCAAAAUCUAAGGCUAUUCAGAAACAUGUUGGCAAGAUUAAGAAGGCUGCAAAAUCUAAGGCCAUUCAGAAGCAUGUUGGUAAGAUUAAGAAAGUUGCGAAAUCAAAGACUGUUCAGAAGCACAUUAGUAAGAUUAAGAAUGCUGCGAAAUCAAAGGCCGUUCAGAAGCACGUAAGUAAGAUUAAGGCGGCAGCAAAAUCGAAGGCUGUUCAGAAGCAUGUUGGCAAGAUUAAGAAGGCAGUGAAACUGAAGGUGGGUGGGAAGAUCAAGAAGGAAAAAAAUGAAGAGGGAAAACAAAUGUCCCUCUUUAAGGUGAAGGAGAAUCAGAAGAAAGCUCCUAAGAAAGAGAAAAAAAGUAUGAAGAAGACCCCCACAAAGAAGAAGGGAGGUGAGAUGAAAAGUAAAAAAACCUCACACAAGAAAACGAAGCAUGAGAAAGACCAAGAGGAUUCUGAAGACACUGAUUAG